UAAUUAGAAUUCACAUUAUUAACCAAUCCUGUUGUUUCCUUCUUACAAUGAGAUAAACAUGCGGUGGCAUUAAAGACAAUAUACAAUUACUACUGAGGAUAUAUAGUUAGCACAGUUCUGAGUGUACAUGUAGGAUUACACAAUGUUUAAACUGAAUGACACAGGACAGAUGACGGGGGGUGGGACACCUUCAGGGAUGACCCCUAGUGCUGCAUCUGCCGUCACGCCCACCCAGGAAAAAACGGCGGGAGUUCCCCUAACGGACUUUGUACAGCAGUUGGAGGACUAUGCUCCCACGAUUCCGGACUCUGUCACUGCCUUUUAUCUGAACCGAGCUGGCUUCGAAGCUUCAGACCCGCGAAUAACACGGCUGAUCUCCAUUGCUGCCCAAAAAUUCAUAUCUGAUAUUGCUAACGAUGCGCUGCAGCAUUGUAAAAUGAAGGGUACCGUACAGUCCAAGAACAAAGGAAAGGAUAAGAAACUGAUAUUGUCAAUGGACGAUUUGACACCAGCCUUGGCAGAAUAUGGCAUCAAUGUCAAGAAGCCUGCUUAUUUCAUCUGAAGUCGUGUGAAAAAGGAUGUGAAAUUAUUAGAAUACAUGAUUCAUUUUGGAGGAUUUUUUUUCAUUUUAUCAUAUUGUUUGUGUUCCAAGUGAUAUUACAAGGAUAUAAUUGUUUUUACGAAUAAAAGUCAAUAAACUGUA